UUAAUUAAAUUGGUUGUACUAGUCUGAGAAGGUCACAGUUAAAGUUAACUUGACGUUUAAUUUCAGUUUGGUACUGCUUUACUGAUCGGUACCAAAUAAAAGGUGUUUGCCAUCAUUUUUAUUGUGCGAGUAUAUGCUGCAAAACACACUAAACAUAAAGAAUGUCCAAUGAAGAGAGCAAUCAGGUGCUACCAAUAGCUCUAGGAAUUGGUGUUGUGGUCACCUCAUUUGUAAUUUAUAAGUUCUACUUUGCAGCCCACUCGUCGUCCAGUCAAGGAAAACGUGGAAAAGGCAAAAAAGUAUUACUUCAAGACCCUCAAGUGAAAUAUAAACUGCCACUAAUUGAAAAAACUAUUAUCAGCCAUGAUACUAGAAAUUUCAGGUUUGGACUUCCAUCUAAAGACCAAGUUUUAGGGUUGCCGGUUGGUCAACACAUACACUUAUCAGCAGUUGUUGAUGGUAACUUAAUUGUUAGGUCCUACACCCCAGUAUCUUCAGAUGAUGAUCAGGGAUAUGUUGAUCUGGUUGUUAAGAUAUAUUUUAAAAAUGUCCACCCUAAAUUCCCCAAUGGAGGUCUUAUGACCCAAUAUCUAGAAGCAAUGAAAAUUGGUGAUACAAUCGACUUCAGAGGUCCUUCUGGCAGAAUUCAGUAUGUUAGUCCAGGCACGUUUUCCAUAAGGAAACUCCGCAAGGAUCCCCCAGUUACAGUUAAGGUUAACAAAAUUAACCUUAUUGCUGGUGGCGUUGGUAUUACACCAAUUUUGCAACUUAUCAGGCAAAUUGAAAAGGACGAAAACGACUCUACCCAAUGCGCAAUUUUGUUCGCCAAUCAAACCGAAGAUGAUAUUUUGUUGAGAGACGAACUUGAGGCCGUAAGCAAAAAAAAUCCCGAUCAGUUUAAAUUGUGGUACACUCUGGACAGGCCUGGACCAAAUUGGAAGUACAGUUCCGGAUUUAUCAAUGAGGAAAUGCUUAAAGACCACUUGUUCCCCGCCUCUAAAGAUACAAUUACUUUGAUGUGUGGUCCACCACCUAUGAUUAAUUUUGCCUGUAUACCAAAUCUGGAGAAACUUGGUCAUGAUAAAGAUCUACUUUUGGCUUAUUAAUUGGUUACAGAAUAUCUCAAAGGUGUUUUGGUUGUCUAGAUGAUAGAACUGACAUUAUCAACUUAUAAAUGACAUGGUUGCAUUUAAGAUUGUUUUUAUUGUACUAUAAGUAUUAAUUCAUGUGAAUUUAAUAAAUUUGCAAUAUUUAUAACUUAAAUAUAAGAGGAUUAAUGUUUUGAAAUUUUUAAUUAAAGUCGUUGUUGCACGUUA